AGCAAUGCGCUUGGCAACGCUAUGUUUUGGGUCCCAUCUUAUGUGUAUAUAUCGCUCAUCUUUUGACUUGUCUCAUCAUACAACAAGAAACCAUUGGAUAAGCAUCUCCAGUCAGGACAUUAUACCAGCAGUUAGAGACAUAGACGCCAUAGAAAACACAGAACAGGUGAAAGAUGUUAAGGACGCAGAUACGCCUGUUCAAUCACCAAGAGAUGCCGAGCCCAUUAAAGCUGAGAAGGAAAACACUGAUGCUGAUGACACCGUAAAGGUGGAAGAAGUAAAGACCGAAGCGCCUGAAGAGAAGACAGAAGAACCAGAAGUAGAUGAGGCAACAAAAUACCCAAAGGCCAACUGGAUGGGUGACCUACCUGAAGGUCUUCAUGAAGUUCCAUUGACAUUGUUGUCACUACCUGGUAGCCACGAUUCGUUGGCAAUCAAGAGUGAUAUGAGCACACACAUGCCCUUUUCUCCAUACAACCCAGAUAUCGCUAAAUGCAUCGACCAGCUACCUAGUUUCCCACUCUUCGACAAUUUCCGUACGAAACUGAAGGAGAUGAACCGGGACUGGAGUGCAACACAAGAAUCAACGAUUCUGGAGCAACUUCAACUUGGGAUCAGAUAUUUUGAUUUGCGUGUAGCAAAGCACCAUGGUCUCAUCUUCGGCGAGCACGGACUUUUUACUGGCGAGAUCUGGAAGUAUCUGGGUAUAAUCAAGAAAUUUCUCGAAGAUCAUCCAAAAGAGGUCGUCUUGUUAUACUUCCAGAAUUUAAAUAAUCUUGAUGAGAAAGACACACAAGAUUUUAUCGUACGUCUACGACAGACAUUUGGACAAAAGAUUAUCCCCCGAACGCAAAUAGAGAUGACAACAUUGAAUACGCUUUGGCAGUACAACCAACAAGUCAUGAUUCUCUUCAAGGAUGAGAACUUGAAACUUCUAAACCGCACUGCAGCUCGUCAGAUCUGGCCUGCAGACAAGCUCCUUUACAACCCAUGGCCAAACAUGCAAGAGGGACACCAUCUUAUCAGAUUUAUUGACAAGCACUACGAAUGUAGCGGUACAGACCCUGGCAUGAAGUUCCAUAUCACGCAAGCCAUUCUCUCACCAACAAUUGAAAUGGCGUUCGCUGGCAAACUCGAGUAUGGUUCACUUGAAGAAAUGGCUUUGCAAGGUGCCCAGCCACGUGUCAUUGAUUGGAUGAAAACCAAGACAUCCAUGUACGUUGUAAUUUCAGACUUUGUCAACCAAGAAAUAGUAGACGCCGUAUUAAGCUUCAACAAGGCGUGAACACAUUACUUAUAUGAUAUGUAUGAACCAAAUCUAAAUUGUUCCACCCGGGAUUCUAACAAAUAAUAUAACGUCAUGCCACAAUAGUUUGCUUUGUUGGGUCGAUGACUUCCAUUGAUGUAAUUCUUAACCUGUUCCAUACCAGAGGCACCGAGCAGAUCAAUCACAUUUUUGUGGUAGUUGUUGUAAAUUAUUUUUAAGAUUCAACAUUCAUAUAGAUGUCGUCAAACAGUUUUAUAGUUUGACAAGAAGCUAGUCUAAAGUUCAUUAUUCAUUGUUCAAUAAGAAAACAGGGAUAAUUGCAAUUAUUUAUUCACGGUUAUCAAUGGUGUAAUUAAAUGAUCAUGUAAAUCUUGUAUAUGUUAAUUUAAUAAAACAAAAUAAUUAACUUAUUUAAACAA